AUGCCUACUCUCCUUCUUGUAUGGAUGCUGGUCGCGUCGUUGAUAGCAUCCGUUGCAGCACAGGAUCUCAUGCCGUCUACAUUCUGGAAAAAUCCUAACAUCACAUUGUCCAAGGACAACCGCAUCACCAUUGCGAGUGCUGCUAUCGAAAAAGCGGUUAGCAUGCUCCAGUCCAAUGGGAAAUUUAGCGGUGCAUUCAUUUGUUCCAUGUUCAGCAUUGAGCUUCUAUCUAAAGUAUUUUAA